AGGCAAUAUGCUGCUCCUACUUGCAUCUACUCCUUGAUUUUUUUUCCCGGGUAUCUAUUUAGUUGAAAAAAAAAAAAAAAUCAUGUCUUCUCGCUCUAAUUCUCAGCAUCGUGCCUUUCACACCUGGUGCUGUGGGUAGUGGUGUGCGUUUAAUCACACAACCUACUGCGUUUCCCCGCGCAAAAGUUUUUGCCGGAGCUUGCUUCUAGCAAGCUGCAAUUACCCAUCUCUUUUUUCGUCGAAAGCCAGGGCCGACAUGGGCCUGCCUGGUAUAUAGAAAAUGAUCCCGUACAGGUGGCGGCGCUUUGCCGUUCAGUGCACAAUGGAUGUGCUACCGCCAUUGAACUUCCUGACCCUACAUUACACUUAUUUUAUUGCGACAGUACUCGGAUGCAGCUUGGUAUUCUGGGGUGCAGCUACCCCCUUUGGCAGCGUAGCUUAUGUUGACGCGUUGUAUAUGUGUGCAAGUGCCAUGACAGGUGCGGGCUUGAAUACAGUCAAUCUGUCCACUCUGAAUACGUUUCAGCAAUUGAUCUUAUUCCUCCUUAUCGUUUUUGGAUCAGCUAUCCUCGUUUCCAGUGUCGUUCUGUUCGUUCGGAAGCAGGCUUUCGAGCGCAAGUUAAAAGGAAUCCUAAAAGAAAGACAGUCGGCAUCACACUGUCAACGGUCUGGACUCCAUAUACGCUUAUCGCACUUGCGCAGGAAGCCCCGAUCUCCGCAAGAGCCUGGUGAUGUCGACACCGAUUUGGGGGACCAGUUUCCUGACGGCAAGCGGCCAGUGGUACAGUCGGCCUGCAUAUCGACGAAUGGCCCCAGCACGACAAGAGCAGAUGCGUCUGGAUCUAUAAUCUCGGACUCGAUUCACGAGCGCCCGCACGAGUCGCAAUCCGACCAAUUACCACAUGACGACGACCAUAUUCAAUGGAUUGAUGAUGACCAGGUCACGAUUGGGGGCUCUCCUCGCCCAAGAAGACAUUCACACCGCAGGGUUUUUCCAAUGGCGGGAGUCGGAGCACGUCCAGAUUUGAACAACCACCCGAGAGACAUUCUCCCAGACCCAUUGUUAUACGAAGGAAGGCGACCGUCCCUUAUCGAGACUGCCCUCAAAGGAACUCAAAAAUACUUCCUCUCGAAAGGGUUCAUUUCGCGCAAUUCUCAGUUCUACGGCUUGACACCGUCUGAGCGGGGGAAACUCGGCGGAGUAGAAUAUAGAGCAGUCUCCUUCUUGUCCAUUAUCGUUCCGUUAUAUUUCGUGUUAUUCCACGUAUUUGGCAUUGUCGGUGUCGGAAGUUGGAUCUCGAUGAACAGGCCAGAUAUUGCGCGGACAAAUGGACUCUCUCCUUUCUGGGUAGGGGCCUUCUUCGCCACAUCAGCAUUUGGCAACAGUGGCAUGGCGCUGCUUGAUGCAAACAUGACUGCCUUACAAACAAGUGCGUAUUGCUUGCUAACUAUGGGCAUGCUGAUUCUGGCCGGGAACACAUUGUACCCAUGUUUUCUGAGAUUUAUCAUAUGGAGCAUCAGGCGCAUGCUACCGAACAAAGAAGCAUGGCAGGACUGGAGAGUUGUCCUUGACUUCAUCCUGGACCAUCCGAGAAGGGUUUAUACAAACCUCUUCCCUGCGCGCCACACCUGGUACCUCCUUGGCACCAUCAUAUUCUUAAAUGGGAUCGACUGGAUGGGGUUCGAGGUAUUGUCUAUCGGAAACAAUGAGAUUGACAAACUGCCACCUCCCUAUCGUGUCCUGGACGGUCUAUUCCAGGCGUUAGCCGUGCGAUCAGGAGGAUUCUAUGUUGUCAAUAUCGCCAACCUUCGUCAAGGCUUGCUUGUUCUAUAUGCACUCAUGAUGUAUGUUUCAGCAUUCCCGGUACUUGUUACCAUCAGGAACACGAAUGUUUACGAAGAACGCUCUCUGGGAAUAUACGCCGAUGACAAUCAACUGAGCGACCCGGAGAACCGAGCGAGAUCGGUCAACCCUCUCGUCAGUCUGCUGAGGCACCAUCUGCUUCCCAAUCAUCAAGAAUCUCCUCCCGUUGUCGACCUCGAAGCAUCGCGCAGCUACUUCGUCCGUCAACAACUUCGGUCUCAGCUCAGCCACGACAUCUGGUGGAUCGCGCUAGCGGUCCUGUUCAUCACGAUUGCUGAGUCAGGACACUUCGAGAAGGAUCCCAUCUCCUUCUCCACAUUCAAUAUCAUUUUCGAAGUUGUUUCCGCUUAUGGCUGCGUUGGCCUCAGUGUUGGGUUCCCUAACCAGAACUACUCGUUCAGCGGUACCUGGCACCCCAUCAGCAAACUGAUCCUCGCUGCUGUAAUGAUCAGAGGACGGCAUCGCGGGCUGCCUGUCGCGAUCGAUAAAGCCAUCAUGCUCCCCAGUGAGUCUCUUGCCUGGGCUGAAGAGGAAGAUGCCGCUCUAAGGAUUGAAAGAUCCAGGACACGGAGCGUUGGCAAAACGCAGCCAUCAGGCCCAGCGGCCGUCUAAACAAACGACAAUCUUUAACUCCGAUUAUGUUCGCGCCAGGCUUGGUUUUCUAUUACCCAUCGAACUGUCCGGUCAUGCCGCUAUCGGAUGAGCUAAUUAGCGGCUUUCCUCCCCUUCUUCGUUCCUAAUUAGGGAAAGGGUUACUUUCGACUAUAUAUCCAAUUACUCUCACAAUCACAAUAAUCAUGACUAUAACGACAAUAGAAGGAUGGCGUUUGUUGUUUAACAGAGGGGAUUUCACACUAUAUAGAGCUGUUUGCUUUUCUAUUUCCCUUUCCAAUCUCGAGGAACAUGCUGAUGCAAUGCAAGUUGUGGUGUUAAUACACUCAUGAUAGCGUUCGUCUUCUGCUUUUUUCUUUCGCUCAUGACAGCAGGAUACGGAAAUCAUGCAUUUGCUUUGUGGUUAUGGAACAUCGGUAAUGAGAAGUUUUGACAUCUUGGUAUGAGGGAAAAAUAGUGAAUUUGAUAGAUAUAUGA